AUGACGGUUAGCCAUUCUUCGUCGAAAUCAGAGUCGGCCACGCUGCCUCCGGGAAAUACGAACGUGUCGGGAAAGAAGCCCAACUUGCCGCUCCGUCGUAGCAUCAAAAUAUCGAAAUCCUGCACACGUGCCGGACGCGAAACGUCAUUCCACGGAGAACGACAUCUAGACGCGAUUAUCAACCGCACGGUAAUCCGAGGCAAAGCGCAUUACGCAUGCGUAAGACUGGUUUUAGCCAUGCCGAAAGGUCGUUUUACGAAGGAGGAGGAGAAACUCAUCCAGGAGUUCAGUCCUCAGCCUACGAAGGGAGCCGAAGCACUUUAUUACGGGAAUGCCUUCUUUGUAUCCGUCAUACCGAUAUGGCUCGCUUGGAGGGUGAUGCAAAUGGAUUUAAUAACCUACAGUCUUCUCUUUAUAUGCAUGCCCUUACUUAGUACGUAUGGCGUGGCAUUCGCGUACAGGAAAGUGAAAGAAAGUCUGCGACACAAGAUUGCCGCGACGAGAAAACGGGCGAUUGCAAAAGAAAUGGAGGCUGAAGGGAAGAGCCAGAAGUCUUCAAAGGAAGAACGAGAUGACAAAAUCGAGCGUAGGACGAAUUCUGUGUCCGACAAGGAGGCGACCGCUUUCUCGAUCUUUUACAACAACACGCUGUACCUUCUCAUUGUACUGGGAUUCUCAUUCUACAUUCUACGCUCCGUGAAUCCAGCCAUCAAUUACACUAUCUCCACGGCGUGUGCUACCUUCAUUCUGGCGCUUCUAUCGACGGGACAGCAGUGACAUCGAGACACGUGUAAUGUG